ACAAACAAAGCCUUUGGAACAAAGAAAUCGAUCGCAAAACACAAAGGCAAAGCCCACCAGAUUUGAAUACUUCAAAAUUCAUUCAACUCCGGCGAUUAGACCCGCCUUCUGAAAUCCAGAUCAAGCCACCCAAAGGUAAGGUCCCAUUUUUUCUUCAUACAAAUCCAAAGGAAACACGCACUAACACACCCUCAAAAACACGCACUAACACAUACAGAGAUUGUUGGUAUUGUUAUGGAGGUCCCUCCAUUCCACCACCACAGGUACGUUCCUCCUCCCUCAAAUUUUUCUGAAAGCCCUAAUUUUUACCACCACCCCCAAUCCCACCACCGUCUUCCUGCGCCGGCACAGCAGCACCACCACCAACACCACCAGCAGCCGCCACCCCUCCCUCACCUUCCACCACCUUCAGCGCCGCAGCAUCACCGACCACACCUCCGUCCUCAACUCCCUCCCCCUCCCCCUCUCCCUACCCCUCCCCAGUCCCAAUUCAAAUUCCGCCCCCGCCACCAUGCGAUUGACCCUGUCCCCUCCCCCUCCCCCGGCCCUGCUCCCUCCGGCCAAUUUUCCAACUUCAUUCCGCCCCAUCUUCUCAACCAACCAGCUCGCCCGCCUUUAUCCCCUCAUAGGGUUCCAUCUAACCACCAGUACGACCACCGUCAUCGAAACCCAAGCUUUUACAAUGAGAAUUCUCGAUUUUCUGACCCUUGGCUGGACUUGCCUGCGCCGGCUAGGGCUCCGGUUGAGCCUGACUUCCGCUACCAGCCGCAGCAGCAGCGCCGGCCUCUUUCCCCUCUUCCGCCCCGAACUGAUAGUUAUGUAAUGAGGGAUUUUGAUGGUAGUGCUAGAUAUAGGGAUGAUGGGAUCUCUGAGGGGUUUAGAAAUGCUGCUAAUCCAGAAAUUCCUUUGUGGGGUGAGUGGAAAGAGAGAGAUUUUGAAGUAGUCGAUGAUGGGAAUGAUUACCGGUAUCAUAGCGGUCAUCCUGGGUUCGAGAGGAAUAUUAGUCCUGGCUUUGAAAGGGGUAUUGAUAGAAUCAACAGGGAUAUUGUAGCUGCUGAUUCUCGAGACAUUUGUAUCAGCCAGAGCCCAUCUAGAAAUUUUUCCUUGAAUGUAGGAAAUUAUGAGUCGUAUAAUGAUAGAGCGGACGAUCUUAGAUGGGCUUAUUCCCGGUUAGAGAAGGACCACGAGCAUGUUGAGGAUGAUAGGGUUUCAUUAGCCUCUUAUGGUGUGCGGCGGGAGUUAUUUGAUAGUUGCUAUGAUGAUGACGAUAGGUUGAGUAGUGAUAGGGUUGAAGAAGAGCUGUACAGUAGGUCUCUCAGGAAGAAACAAGUGCAGAAAAAGAGCGCUUUGCUUAGGAUUCAGUUAGGAAAGGGUAACAACAGAAACAAUAACAGGAAUAAAAGCCAUGAUAAUAGCCGUUAUUCGAGGGCUUAUUAUGAUGACUCAAAAUUGAGUUUCGGUGGUAGCUUCAAGGGGAAAGAAAAAGAUGAUUUUGUACAUCCGGAUUGGAAAACAGAGGGGCAGAGAGAGAACAGCCCUGUGGAGCUGGAUGUUUCAUUUAAAUCAAAUGCACUUGUUGCCAAGGCUAUAAAGGCCACUUCAAGCCCUGUGGCUGAGCCGGAUAAGAGUUUAGCACCUAGAAAUAGGAAGCUCAAGAAAAUUAAUCCCAAUGAUGGCCAAGGAAUUAAAAUGAGUGAGAAUUCGGUUAAAGCUGCAAGUUUUGCCAAUGAGUUUGAUGCUUCAUCUUUUUCUGACAAGGAUCAUAAGGAGUCAUCGGAUAAGAUUAUUUCUUUCAAACCUGACACUUCUACAGGCGGUUUGGAUUCUCGGUUGAGUUCUGACAAAUGUGGUAAAGGAUCAGCAGAGAAGGUUAUUGUGGUUAAAACUGACAACUCUGCACCUGGGCUGGAUUUUCCUUCAGGUUCAGGCAAAGAUCUGGGAGUGUUGACCGAGGAAACAUCAGUGUGUGAUUGUAGGACAGAUGUUGUUGAAGAAAACAACGCAGGUAAUGAAUCUUUGACGUUGGGAUGUUCUGAUCAGGGUGUUAAACGUGUUGCACCUGAUGGAGUACUUUUGCAAAGAGCUAGAAAGAGGAAGACCGUUAGAGUUUCUAUUCAAAAUGAGACUACUAAUGUUGACAAUUCUUCUACAAGCAGUCAGUCUGCAGCCUCUGAUCUGGAUGAGGGUGUUACGCUUUUGAGAGAGAGUAUUUCUUCUGCUGGAAUGGAUGCAAUGAAUGAUGUUCUUUCGCCAUCUCUUACAAAUGAUCUUGCUGUUGAGGAAGUAAAUAAUUCUUCAGAAAAUGUAGUUUCUGAUAUAAAGGAAGAUGGUGUUGGCAUCAGUUCUAGUCAGAAAAUUCCAUCUCAAUUUUCCGCUUUGCUGUCUGUAUCAUUGAAUCCUGGGGAUGCUGAUUUACAUGGGGGUUCCAGGAAUGAAGAUAAAGUGGUUGAUAAUGAACUUUUUGGGUUGAAUUCUGACAAAGAUCUAGUUGAAUCACAAAAUACAUCUGUUCCUUCUUGUAUGGGUGAUCCAGAUGUUGCUGAUGAGCUUCCUUGUUUGAAUGGAUCUUUACUGGUUGAAAAUGAUCUUCUUAGAAAGGACACUCUGUCAGUCCACAGCAAUGCUAGCUUGUCAACUUUGAAGGAGAAUGAGGUUCAUGAUGGUCAGAUGGAUGCAUCUACCUCAACCCACAAUGCAUUUAGUGCUUCAACUUUAUGUAAAAGUCCAGGAAGUAUGCCUAUCGCACAUAAGGGGUAUAUAGAUACUGGUUCUGAGGAGUUUGUCCCACUUCAGGUCAAUGUAUCGCAUGAGAAUGACAAUGAUAGAGAUUCUCCUCAUCCAAAUCUAUUGGUUAAUGAUGUUGGAAUUCUUAGUCCAUCAAAGAUUGAGAAACCAACUACCCGUGAAGUUGCUGAAAAUCAUGAUUUGUAUGAUAAUAGUUUGAAUUGCCCUGCAUCAUCUAAAAGCUUCUUUUCAGAUCCUUUACGGAAAAGUGCUACUUCUGAUACCUGCUUAUUGGAGGAUAGUGGCAAGCAGUCAAUUGCUGGCAGUGCUACAGCAUUACCUUUGAAUGCUCCUCGUGAAAGAUCUCCAAGGUUGACGGUUUCUCAUUCACCGAAGGUCGGGAGGAAGAGGAAGGCUAGAGAUGAUCAACUGGGUAUUCAUGAUAAACUGACUAGUGAAGCAGAUGGGUUUAUUGGUAGUGCUCUAGAUGAUGGCAAUAGAAACUCAACUCUCUGGGUGGCAAAGAAUCUUGUUUCUGCAGAGGAGGAAAUUGGUCUGGGAAAUGGAUCUAAUAGUGUGGAAACAGGCUGUCCAGAUGAAGGCCCUCCAGAGUUUAAUCCUUCUGUUCAAGGUGGGAAGAAGAGAAGGGGUUUUUCUUUAACAUUGACCUCUCGGGUACUUUCUGAAAUCAGCCAAGACCCUAAAGAUGCAACUCAACCAGAAUGUUUGUCUGAUGCUGAAGAACAUACUAUUCAACCAGAAGACAGAGUUGAUCUUUCUAGCUCAUGUGAUACUGCUUUUGCUGGUGUGACACCUUAUUCGGAGGCAUCAGUCAUUUUGUUGGGAGAGGAUGUAACUGCUGGGGAAUCAUAUCAGUCACCUGGAGGUGGCACUAAGGGGCAUUCUGCAAUACUUGAAAAUGAGAUACCUUCACCAGCAAAGUUAGAAGCUGAUAAAAAUGAUAAUGCUCCUUCGACUCUUCGUGCUUCUGCCCUUCAAAUUGCUGAUGAUACGCUUAGCGGAAGUGGUGAGGGAAAUUUUAUUAGGUCUGAUAUGAAUAAGAAGCAAUGUUUUGGAGAUGCUGAUCAUGCAAAUCACUUGAUUUUAGAAGAAACUAUGGGUGCUCGUGGCAAUACAUCUUUAUGCUCUGAUUUAGGUGGUGUCUCUGCUAGUAGUUCUACUGAUAGACAGAUGGACUCUGUUCCUGAUACAUUGUCCUGUAUGGGUUCUCCUGAAGAUGUGAUUUCUAGUAUGAGCACAGGUAUGUUGAAUGAUGGUAUGCAACUUAGCAACUUAUCAGAAAUUAUUGAGGGGAAGGAUUCAAUAUCUAACAAGAAUCCUAUUUCUGGGGGUGACAUGGUCCCACUUUCACUAAAGCCACCUUCACAUACUUCAAAAACAGGCACAAAAUUAGUUGAUGCAGUUCCUCUGGAUCUAGCUGUAGAUAUUAAAGCUGCCUCACUGUUAUCUCGGAAAACUUUUAAAGUAACUCAGGAUUCAAAUCCUUUUCCGAAGAAAUCAAGUUUGACAACGAAUAUGCCAAACUCAUCUUUCAUUGGUAAUUUUUCUGGUCCUGCAUCUAUCAAGUACCCCUCUGCAGCAAAAGUAUCUCCAUUCAACCAUGUUGCAAGACCACGAACAUGGCAUCGAACUUUUAGCUCUUCUCCUUCUGUUGUGGGACAAAAACCACGUGGAAACUGCAUUCAACCACAGACUAAUAAUAAGAAAGAGGUUGCUAAGGUUCAAAGCUCUUAUGUUCGUCGGGGAAACAGUCUUGUUAGGAAGCCAUCUCCAGUUGUUGCUACCCCCCGAGUAGUAAAGGCUUCCACAUCCUCUAUUGAACACUUGGAUUCUGGUAUCCAUGAUGUGUUGAAGGGUGGAGGAUCUGAGAAUAUAACUAGGGUUGUUGACCCACCAGGCGCUGCAUCAUUGGAUGCAUCCAAUGCUUGUCCAGUGAGGCCAAAACCCCCGCCACUAAUAAGUAGCGUAAAAUUAUUGGAUUGCCUGACUCCCAACCCAGGGGAUUUGACUUUCUCACUCCUGGCCAAUCUGCCAAUAAAUAAGUGUCCUUUUGAAACUCCUUGCAAAUCUGCAGAGCACAUGAAUACGGGGAGGUCUUCUCAGGAUGGAGUGAAAUCUUCUUUUAAUGGUUGUCAUACUGGAGUAGGGAAAGAUUCGGAUUGCCAGAAUAAUGCAGAUGAAAGCAGUAAUGGGAAGAAGAUACUAUAUGUCAAGAGAAAGUCAAAUCAGUUGGUUGCAGCUUCUGAUUCGGAAGAUAUAUCUCUCCAUAGUGCAGAGAAGACCCAAGUGUUAUCAUCUGGUGGCUACUAUAAGAGGAGGAAAAAUCAGCUGAUCAGGACAUCAUUGGAAGAAGGUGUAAGGCAAAGGGUCGUCCCGGAUAAGAUCUUAAGCUUGCAGCAGCAGGAUGCUCAGAAGAAUAUUCAGACUAGGUGUUCUAAUAAGAGGCUGCCUGCAGGUAAAAUAUGGUUACCUCUGUUAACACUUGCAGGGUUUAUGAAGAAAAAGUUUUCUCUGGUUUGGACACUGUGCGGUACAAUGUCAUCAAGGAAAGAUGGUAGUUCAGAGAGAUGGCAGAGGGUGCUGCCAUCCUUAUUUCCUUGGAGAAGGGCUACAUACUGGACCAAUUUCAUGCACAGUUUGAGUUCCAUUCCAAUUGACAGUGCGGCUUCUACAGUUGGCCAGAAACUGCUGCUAUCAAGAAAGAGGGAUGCAAUCUAUAAAAAAUCAAUUAGUGGAUUCUCUCUCCGAAGAUCCAAGGUACUUAGUGUGGGUGGUCGUAGUUUGAAGUGGUCAAAAUCCAUUGAGAGGAACUCCAGAAAAGCUAAUGAGGAUGCUACACUAGCAGUUGUUGCGGCUGAGAAGAGGAAAAGAGCACGAAAUGGUGCUGUUCUUACUCUGUCUAAGAGCAGAAAUUAUGUUUCUCGCGAGCGGAUAUUCCGAGUUGGUUCAGAGAGAUAUAGAAUGGACCCGACCAGGAAGACGUUACAAAGGAUCUCAGAUGAGCGACCUUCAUACUCAGAUGACACGACUGAAAACAAAAGAAAGAAGUUUUACGUUCCAAGGAGAUUACUAAUUGGCAGUGAUGAAUACAUUCGAAUUGGAAAUGGUAAUCAGUUAGUUAGAGAUCCAAAGAGAAGAAUUCGAAUAUUGGCAAAUGAGAAAGUUCGUUGGAGUCUGCACACUGCUAGAUUGCGAUUGGCUAGAAAGAAAAAGUACUGUCAGUUUUUUACAAGAUUUGGGAAAUGUAACAAGGAUGAUAAAAAAUGUCCUUACAUCCACGAUCCCUCGAAAAUUGCUGUCUGCACUAAAUUUUUGAAUGGCUCUUGCUCCAAUCCUGAUUGCAAGUUGACUCAUCAGGUCAUUCCUGAGCGGAUGCAAGAUUGCUCCUAUUUUCUGCAAGGAUUGUGCUCUAAUGAAAGUUGUCCAUAUAGACAUGUUAAUGUGAACCCAAAUUCCCCUAUUUGUGAAGGUUUUCUAAGGGGUUAUUGUGCUGAUGGCAAUGAGGUAUUUGGUUUCAGUGUUCAACUGUAUGAAUUUAUUCAUAUUAUCUGUGAAGCCUAUUUUUGAUUUUUUCUUUUAUGAACCUCUCUCUCUUUCUCUCUCUCUACACAAAAAAUUCAUUUUUGAUUCUAGGUGUUGUAAUUUCCACCUUUUCUCACGUUCGGAAAUAGUUGGACAUUCCACUGAAUUAUUUACAACAGAAACACCUUUUUUUUGCUCGUUUCUAAAUUCCAGCAUUAGAUAUAUUCUUAUUUUAUAAAAACAAUAGGUUGAUUGUAUUGAACAUAAUUCUUUCUAAUGUUAAGGUAAUUCGAAUAGAAGUUUCUUUGGACCAGAAAAUAUCGUGCACUGCUUAUUUUGCAAGUUCUUUAUGAUCUAAAUCAUGUUUAAUGCUGCAUAGGAUUUUAAGUUAUUGCGACAUUUCACUCUGCAUGAAUUGCAAAACGAGAAUGUGUUUUACAAGUUCAAAAUUCUGGCUCUGCCUCUCU